UAAGCACCCGUACACGCGUUAUCACUUAUUAUUUACAUUGAAUCAUUCUCGUAUCGCGAGAUUUCAUCUCCAACACUCCAAAUGCGGAGAGAUUAAAGUGUCACCAUGAGAUAAACACCUCCACAUGAAAAUCUCCUCUUCGAGUCAAUGUCUUUUUACACUCUUCUCACUCAGAUCAGUCUUCGUGUAUCAUUUGAAGUGAGAACUACGCGUGGUUGGAUCAAUUUAAGCCAAUUUACUCUGUUUUUUGCGGAAAUUCUGAUCAAUUUGAUCAUUUUUUGCCAUGUGGAAGAUACUUGGGGGUGUUUUUGUGAUAAUCUUCCUGCAUGUUGCAGCAGAAGACACCCCCACGAGUCCUCCUACCCCACUUGAGGUGCCGAGAAUUCGAAAAUCCCCUCCAAAUAAAUAUUUAGCGCACAUUUUCACCAAAUACGGAAGUCGUGGUGAAAUUUCUUUUGAGGGGCUUGAGCACUUGAUGCACAGCUUAGGACUUGGAGGAUUGGAAUUUGGCCCGGAGCACACAAUUGAUGAGCAUCUUGUGGCAUCAACGGAUGAAGAUGAUGGAGAUGAUGCAAAAAAUAUUGCUGAGAAUCGGAACGAGAUAAGGAAUGAUUUGUGGCAUGGCGUCUCCUGGCCAGAGAUGACAUUCAAGGAAUUGCAUGAUCCCAAGCACCGACACAGACGUCAUCACGUAGAAGAAGAGACCAACACCUGCCUAUCGCCAUUACGUCUUGUUGAGGCUGUUUUGGGUAGCAAACGCCUCCCGUACCGCGGUAGGUACAUCUCUGAGCAUCACAAUGGCGAGGCGUUUGUGGAUUUUGCUUUUUCCCACCUGAAGAUCACCCCGAUGGAAUUUAUGGAAAUCUGUCCGGCUCUUGUGGCACAAAUUGAUCAGCACGCCUGCCCUGUGGGGCAUCCACAUGAGGAGAAGGUGGUUGAUGAUGAAAUGACACGACUAAGCCCCAUUCUGGCCACUGUGGCCAUUCUCGUGAUCUCCCUCUGUGGCCUCGUUGGCAUUGCUGUGGUUCCCCUCAUGAAGUACUCAGCCUACCAGGAUAUUCUCCAUUUUCUCGUUGCUCUGGCUGUUGGGACACUCGUUGGGGAUGCCCUGAUGCAUCUUCUGCCGCAUGCCUUUGAAGCCCAAGAAGAAGCCACGGGGCACAAUCACUCAUCAACGUGGAUUUGCUUUGGAACCUUCAUGAGUGGCCUCCUAAUGUUCCUCCUUGAGAAUCUUCUCUCCCUCGCUGGUGGAGGACACUCCCACGGCAGCUCCGCAGAAGACCCACCAAAACCCGAAAGUAGUGAAGAAAUUGAACUAAAUCCCCGAAAGAAGCCCAACAGUGAGAAACCCCUCACUCCCCUCGCAAUAAUGGUCAUUCUCGGUGAUGGUUUGCACAAUCUCACAGAUGGUCUAGCAAUUGGUUCCUCCUUUGCUGCAGAUCCCAUCAUGGGGAUGACAACAGCCUUUGCUGUACUCUGCCAUGAACUUCCACACGAAUUGGGGGACUUUGCCCUUCUCCUCAAGACCGGGGUCACCCUAAAACGCGUCAUAAUUCUCAAUAUAAUCUCAUCAGCCCUCAGCUUCAUCGGCAUGGGCAUUGGGCUCUUCCUCAUCUCCCUCAAUACGUCCCUCAUAAAGUGGAUUUAUGCCUUCACAGCGGGAUCAUUCCUUCACAUUGGACUAGCUGACUUGGUACCUGAACUCACGCAUGGGGCUCCCUCGAGGAGUCUCAAAAGUGCCCUCAUUGCCAUUCUAGGUAUCCUCACUGGGGGACUCAUAAUGCUCGUAAUUGCCCUCAAUGAGCACAAACUUGUGAUGCUCUUCAACUGAUUUUGCGAAAAUGAAAAGGACGCGUGCGACGCCAUUUUGUACCACCAUAAUGAAAAUUUGUAAAUAAACGGUUUUUUUUAUUAAAA